AUGGAGGGCGGGCGGUUCCAAGAUUCAAAUUUGAGCGGGAAUUCUGGAUCGACAUCGGGACAGCAUGCGGCAGAUGAUUUGGAGAUUCUUGCGGAAGGAGAAGGUUCAGAUGGUAAGGACCCCGAUGAUCCCGUGAACUUGGGGGACCCAAGGGGAGGAACAACACCACGUGAAGAGCAGUUAGCACUAGACAGCGGGAAAGGAUUACAAACAAAUAUUAAUAGAAGAUGGCAUAACCAGUUUCAUAGGCCCAUCCAUGCAGCAGCUUAUUACCUCAAUCCAUCAUUUCGUUUCCGUGUUGAUUUCAAAGCGGAUGAGGAGGUUCUUAGCGGGCUAUAUUCAGUAGUACAACGGAUGGUCACUGAUACCACAGCUACACUUCUUGAGAUGGAUGCAUUUAAUAAUGCAUCAGGGGCAAUCUUUGCCAGCCAAUUGUGCAAAGAGGGUCGGACAAAAUUGCAGCCAGAUAGAUGGUGGCAAAUGUUUGGGCCUUCAACCCCAAACCUUCAAAAAAUUGCCAUCCGCAUAUUGAGCCAGCCGUGCAGCGCUUCUGGAUGUGAGCGCAACUGGAGCAUGUUCGAGCACAUCCACUCGAAGAGACAAAAUAGAUUGUCUGUGGAGAGGUUGAAUGAUCUAGUCUUUGUUCAUUACAACCUCCGUCUCAGGACCAGACAGAUUUUGGACGAUGACUCCUCUCCGAUCACUCUAGAGGAAGUCGACCCCGAGUCCGAUUGGCUCACUGAGUCCACCGAUCCAGCCUUCACUGAUGAGGACCUUGAGUGGGUUGACCAGGUAGACAAAGAGGCUGAGGCUGUGGCUAUGGCAGAGGAGGAGGAUAGAGCACGAUCAGGCACAGCACCUAUGGCUACUCAGACUGGCACAUCACAGGCAGAGACUAUGGCUACUCAGUCAUCCAGGACCUACCUUAGACGCCUUUGUAGGAGGCAGAUAGACGAGGCUGAGCCUGAGCCUGAGCCAUAGACUUGUUUUUUUUUA